AUGCCCGCUUUUAAUCUGGCAUCUCUUCGAUCUUGUCUGUUGGGGGCCGUGGCGGACAACGUCCUUCUCCUCGUGUACAUCAUCCUGCAGUUCAUCGCAUUCUUUUUCGUGCUGGUGGCCACGCCGAUCGAUAUGUUCCGUCGAAAAGACGUUUUACCGGAUGGCACAUUUACUUGCUACACGUUGUGGGGUUUUAAAUCCGACUGCUAUUUUCUUCAUUACCUGUUCACAAUAAAUGAGGAAUUCAGCCAGUGUCCUGCCUUACUCCACCGCUUCCGCGCUGCGCAGGCGUUCGCCAUCAUCUCCAUUCUGGUAUACGGUGGGGCGUUCGUCGCCAGUUUUGCAAUCCUGUACGGCUACUCUUUCAUUCGUUGGGUGUGCCUGGCGCUGAACAUCGUUGGCAUCGUCACCUUGUGCGUUGUGUGGGCGGCCAUGGCAGUGACGUACAACAGCAAUGAUGACUCACAGUGCUUACGUUUCAAGAACCUUCUCACAUAUGGUGCCGGCUUUGUUCUCUUUGUGAUUGCGUGGAUACUGGAUAUCAUCAACACGGUGAUCCUGCUGCUCCCGUGCACGGUCACGGACAGUGACGAGGAUAAGCACACCAAGCGACCGGCAGCGGAAGAGUAG